CUUCAUUGAUACCAUUUGCCCAUCAUGAAGACCACAUGGAAGGAUAUUCAACCGGUUCCAACCUCCCAAGAGUUCCUCGACAUUGUGUUGAGCAGAACACAACGUCGAUUGCCUACACAAAUUCGUUCUGGAUUUGCCAUUACCAGAAUUAGAGGUUUCUACACUAGAAAGGUCAAGUUCACAGCUGAGACUUUCUCCGAGAAGCUCUCUCUUAUUUUGGACGGAUUCCCACGACUACAAGAUAUUCAUCCGUUCCACAAAGAUCUCCUCAAUACCCUCUACGAUGCCGACCAUUUCCGUAUCGCUCUAGGACAAUUGUCAACUGCCAAGCAUCUCAUUGAAAUUGUUUCUCGCGAUUAUGUUCGACUUCUCAAAUAUGGUCAAUCUCUCUUCCAAUGUAAACAACUUAAGCGUGCUGCAUUGGGACGAAUGGCCACCAUCUGCAGAAGACUUAAAGACCCUCUUUUGUAUCUCGAUCAAGUCCGUCAGCAUCUCGGUCGUCUUCCAUCCAUCGACCCAAACACAAGAACACUUUUGAUCUGCGGUUAUCCCAACGUUGGAAAGUCCAGUUUCUUGAAGAGUGUUACUAGAGCCGAUGUGGAUGUUCAACCAUAUGCUUUCACCACUAAAAGUUUGUUUGUCGGACAUUUCGAUUACAAAUACCUAAGAUUCCAAGCAAUUGAUACCCCCGGUAUAUUGGAUCAUCCUUUGGAAGAGAUGAACACCAUUGAAAUGCAAUCUAUCACUGCCAUUGCGCAUUUAAGAUCUGCCAUUCUUUACUUCAUGGAUUUGUCUGAGCAGUGCGGUUACACCGUUCAAGCACAAAUGCAACUUUUCCAAAGUAUCAAACCUCUCUUCGCCAACAAACUCGUUUUCAUCGUCAUUAACAAGAUUGAUGUUACCCGCCCCGAAGAUUUGGAUCCUGAGACUCAGGCUCAACUCCAGGCACUCCUUAAGCCUGGUGAUGUUGAGUUGUUGCAACUCUCAUGUACAACUGCCGAGGGAGUUCAAGAAGUUAAGAAUGCUGCAUGCGAGCGUUUGAUCGCUGAUCGUGUUGCUCAAAAGCUCAAGGCUGGUACAAACAGCAGCGGUGCUGUCGGUGGCAGAUUGGGUGAUGUCCUCGCAAGAAUUCACGUUGCCAGACCAAUGGAUGGCGUUGUUCGUGAGGCUUUCAUUCCAGAGGCUGCCUUGGCCAAGAAGAGGUAUGAUAAAAGUGAUCCAGAGCGCAUCAGGCUUGCUCGUGAUAUUGAGGAAGAGAAUGGUGGAGCUGGUGUUUACAACGUAGACUUGAAGGAUAAAUAUAUGCUCGAGAACGACGAAUGGAAGCACGACAAGAUUCCCGAAAUCUUCGACGGAAAGAACGUUUACGAUUUCGUGGACCCAGAUAUCGAGGCCAAAUUGGCCGCUUUGGAAGAAGAAGAAGAGAAGCUCGAGGCAGAAGGAUACUACGAUUCUGACGACGAUCUCGAGGAUGCUGAAGAUGCUGAGAUCCGCAUGAAGGCUAACCUUAUCCGCGAGAAGCGUGAACUCAUCAAGAACGAAGCCAAGAUGAAGAAAUCCCUUAAGAACCGUGCUCUCAUUCCCCGCUCUGCCACUCGCAAGAAGCUUUCCGAGAUGGAAGACCACCUCGACUCUCUCGGUCACGAUACUACAUCUAUUGUCGCUCGUGCACGCUCCCAAUCUAGAGGCCGUAGUCAAACACGCAGCCGCGCACAAACUGAAGAUGCUAUGGAUGUUGAUGAUCCUGAUUAUGAAGCCAAGAUGCGUGCUAAGAGCAGAGCAAGAAGCCAGGCCAAUAGAAGAGAUGAUGGUGUUGCUGGAAAUGAGGAGUCUAGGACAAAGGCUGAGCGUGCUCAGAAACUAGGCCAGAGGAAGAUGAAUCGUAUGGCAAGACAAGGUGAAGCCGAUAGGCAUGUUGCUGGUGUCAGACCAAAGCAUUUGUUCUCCGGAAAACGCAGUAUCGGCAAAACAAACAGUCGUUAAAAUACCCCCUGACAUUCAAGGCACAAUUCUAUUUCAAGCUUACUAUAAUGGAAUUAUGCAUGGCGUUUUGGAGAUUUUGGGGAGGGUUCUCUUUAGUCAUUCACGACAUAAUGUAUUCAGAUGCAGUAUCCGUCAGGUG